AUGCGGAGUGUUGCGUUCUUACCGAUUGCAAGACAAUUGCGAUGCUUGACUUUAAGCAGUAGAGUGCCGCAUGCCAUUCAGGGACCGGCGGUACGUUCGAUUAUCGCGCAGUACGAGAUCAGCGAAGGUGACGUGAAACCGUCUGGACCGAAAGGGAACAUCACGAAGAGUGAUUUGUUGCAGUUCAUUGAUAAUGCACAUCUCAAGCCUGUUCCCCCUAAACCUGUCCCUCCACCACCAACACCAGCCGUUUCCGCCCCACCGACGCCAACCCCAAAACCGAAAGUAGCAGCUGCACCUAAACCCGCGCCUACUGCCGCACCGCCAACCGCAAAAGCAGCGCCACCGCCAGCCGCAAAACCGGCGCCUGUGUCCAAGCCAGCAGCAGCAGCAGCUCAACCGCAACUCACCAGUCAACGACGACCACCAAAAUAUACGGAUAUAGAAUUAACGAAUAUGCGCUCGGUAAUUGCUAAACGUCUUGUUGAAUCGAAACAAAGCACUCCACAUACAUAUGCGAUACAGAAGAUCGAUUCGGACAAUGUGAAUGCAUUACGUAAAAAAUUGAAAAAGGAUGGUAUAAGCGUAUCGAUUAAUGACUUCAUUAUCAAAGCGUGUGCAUGUGCACUACGUGCUGUUCCAGAAGUCAAUGUGAAAUGGGUUAAGGAUCAUGUUGAACCCCUGCCAGAUGUGGAUAUCUCUGUGGCAGUAGCGACACCAGCUGGGCUGAUCACUCCGAUUGUAUUUAAAGCGGACACUUUGGGUGUAGGUGAGAUCAGCGCUAAAGUGAAGGAAUUAGCCAAAAAAGCAAGAGCCAAUAAAUUGACGCUUCAAGAAUUUCAAGGUGGUACAUUCACGGUAUCAAACUUGGGUAUGUUUGGUAGUAUUUCACAUUUUACUGCUAUCAUUAAUCCGCCUCAAGCAGCCAUCAUGGCAAUUGGUGGAGGAACUGAUGAACUUGAUAUCGACCUGAGUGUAAAGAACAGAUUUCAAGUGACAUUGUGCUAUGAUGGUCGUGCGAUUUCUGUACCAGAUGCACAUCGUUUCCUAGAGCAUUUUGCGAUGACAUUUAAGGAACCAGAUUUAAUGUAUACUGAUACAAAGGCAUUCGUUGAUUUCUCGAAAUUGCUUUAG